UCCUUCUCACAUUUGCUUCCUAAAUCUUUUCCAACUUCAUCAAUUUCCCUUUCAUUCUUCUCUCUUAAGUCUUCCAUAUGGCUACAUUUCAUAUAAAGCCAAAAUGUGUUGUGAUUUUUCUAGCACUAAUUGCCUUCAAUGGUUCCCUUCUAACUUAUUGCAGGGAAAUAAAACCAUUGAACCAACAUUAUUCGUUAAAGAAGGAUACCAGUGCUAAUGUUCCUGCUCCAUCAUCAGAGAAUAAGAAAGUUGAUUCAUUCGUGAUAUCAAAACAAGACGUUGAAGGUUUUGGAGACACAAAUGCCUUCCGACCCACAACACCAGGGAGCAGUCCUGGUGUAGGUCACCGAAAAUUUGCGACAGAAGAUAAAGAUAUGAAAGCAACUGUAGAAGUUCAAAGCCCUGAUGUUAUGGUUCACGUUACUGAAGGCACAGAAAGUGGUUUCAAGCCUACAAACCCUGGUCACAGUCCAGGUGUUGGGCAUGCUCAGCACAACCAAAUGGGACAGUAAAUUAACAAUGUAAAUAAACAAUUCCUUUAUAGGUUUCCAACACUAGUUCAGUUGCACAUGAACCUAUAUUGUUGUCCUAAGUUUCAUUCCAUAUUUCAGCUUCUGUAUUAUUCAUGCAUUGCAUGUCAGUUGCCAAUAAUCAUGCAUGUUGCAUGAGCUUAGUUUAUCAUUGGUUGGCUUCAACAGGUAUGUUAUGUAUCGUUCUCAAUGCUAGUUUGCGUUUGCUCCAUUUACAAUGUAGUGACUCAAAAUGAAAAUUAAUAAAAUUGCUAC